AUGGGCGACCAUAUCCUCUUCUUCUACGGAACCCUAAUGGUCCCGCAAAUUCUCCAUAAAGUAAUCCAUGGCUGCGCCAACCCAGAACCCUGGCAAAAAGCCAUGCUCCGCUUCCAACCCGCCAUUCUACACGGGUAUAGACGACAUCGUGUGCAAGACGCCGAUUACCCAGGGAUCGUGGCAGUGCCGGAGGUACAAACCGAGAUGGAGAAGCCAUCUGUACCGAAAACCCACUUUGGGACAUCGGUCAUAGGAACUCUCGUGUCGGGACUAACAGAGGGCGACCUCCACCGACUAGAUAGGUUCGAGGGCUCCGAGUAUGAAAAGAAAUGGGUUACUGUGCGCACGCUGCGAGAAGUGCCGGGUGAAGAUCAGAGUCAUGCUAGUGAGGGGGUGACUGAUGAGAGUCAGUUGCGGGAAAUGCUGAAUGCGAUGGGUAGUACUGUUUCUGAUGAAGGAGAAGAGGUUCCGGCUGUGACUUAUGUAUAUACCGCUGGGAAGGAUAUGCUUGAGGAUGCGGAGUGGGACUUUGAUUCGUUCAAGAGGGAUAAGAUGGCGUGGUGGGUUGGGGCGGAUGAGAGUCAGUGGUAG